UCAAAGGUUCUACAGGUGACGUGGGUUAAUAUUUACUGGGUUUUACUCAGCUGAUUGAGAAAGAGUCUAUAAAAUGUCAAACCACUGCCAAAGUAGUUUCUGGCACAGAGAAACCUGGUGGUCAUAACAUGAGAGGCGUUCUGCAUUGCUGCGUGCCCGUCGCCCUGCUGCUGUGUGUGGCAUGGGCCGCCCCGCACGAGGGCCACGACCACGACCACGACCACGACCACAGCCACAUGCACCACGGCAAGGACGAGGCGCACCCGCACCACGGCGACGCACACGCGCUGUGCCACAAGCUGAGCCCGCACAACGCCGACUUCGCCUUCGCCCUCUACAAGAAGCUGAACGCGCUGCCCGACGCCGGCUCCAAGAACGUCUUCUUCUCGCCCGUGGGCAUCUCCCUGGCCCUGUCCAUGCUGGCUCUGGGUGCCAAGGGCGAGACGCACUCGCAGCUCUACUCCACGCUUGGCUACAGCGGUCUGACCCCAGCGGAGGUCAACGAGGGCUACGAGCACAUGCUCCACAUGCUGGGCCACGCGCAGGGGAACAUGCAGCUGGAAGCGGGCGGCGCUCUGGCCAUCAGGGACGGCUUCAAGGUCCUGGACAAGUUCCUAGAAGACGCCAAGCACUACUUUGAGAGCGAGACGUUCAGCGUGGAUUUCUCCAAGCCCGACGUGGCAGCGGCAGAGAUCAACAAGUUCAUCGCCAAGAAGACCAACAACAAAAUCAAUGACAUGGUGUCUAGUUUGGACCCAGAUACCCUCAUUAUGCUCAUCAGCUAUGUCCAUUUCAGAGGCAAAUGGCAGAAGCACUUUGAUGCGAAGGUCACCCGCAAGGCAGACUUCCACGUGGACGACAAGACGAAAGUGACGGUGGACAUGAUGCAGCGGACUGGCCGCUACGACUUCUACGAGGACUCGGACAACUUCACCACGGUGCUCAUGCUGCCCUACAAGGGCAAUGCCUCCAUGAUGAUCGUGCUGCCCGAUGAAGGGAAGAUGAAGGAGGUGGAGGCCAUGAUCUCCAAAGAACACCUCACCAACUGGCAUAACAACCUCUUCAGGAGCUCUGUUGAUGUCUUCCUGCCAAAAUUCUCCAUCUCCGCUGACUACCCGCUCAAAGACAUUCUGUCAGAGAUGGGAAUGGUCGACGCGUUCACAGACGCAGCAGACUUCUCCGCCAUGGCAGAGGAGAAGGUCAAGGUGUCAAAGGUGGCUCACAAAGCUGUCCUGAGUGUUGACGAGAAGGGCACUGAGGCGGCUGCAGUCACCACCAUUGAGAUCAUGCCCAUGUCGCUCCCCAACAUCAUCAACCUCAACAGGCCUUUCCUCGUCUUCAUCUUAGAGGACAGCACCAAGAGCAUCCUCUUCAUGGGCAAGGUCACCAACCCAGCAGCCUAGACUGAGCUGUGUCAAAAGAGAAGUCUUUAAAAGAGAGAGCCUCACUCUCUGUGUGUGUGUGCGUGUGCGUGUGCGUGCGAGUGUGUGAGCGUGUGUCUAUUUCUGUGUUUCUUAAACAUGGUGUUAUUGUUCAUAUAGCUAUUGAUAUACAGUAUUAUAUCUUCUUGGUGACACUGUAAUCUUGACCGAUGUCUUGGGACCAAAUAAAGAAUAACAAGUGUUUACAAUA